GUUCGUCUCUUCUCGGCAUUUUCCGGCCAUCUCCGUUCGCCCUUCGUGUAUUUCCGCUCGGCGUCGCCAUCUGCUUUCUCGUCCUUCUCCAAUCUCCGUGUUGUUGUUCCCGGUGACGCGGCGGAGGUGUAGCCUGACGCGGGCUCUUACGUGUCGGCCAGAAUAAAAGUGGAGCUCCGGAGGCCCGGGAGUGACGAGGGGAGUCUGUAUCGCUCAGCUGAUGAAGAUGGAGUCAGCAGAGGCUCAGCAGGAGACUGCUGUGAUUGAGACUGAAAACCAGCACAUCACCUCGGCACAGAUCGCAACUCUGGCACAGGUAACCAUGGCAACAGGCCACGGCUCAGUAACAGGUCCAAUGGUAACGCUGGUCCAGCUUCCCAAUGGACAGACUGUUCAGGUCCACGGUGUCAUCCAGGCUGCACAACCCUCUGUCAUCCAGUCCCCACAGAUCCAAACUGUACAGAUCUCCACAAUAGCAGAAAGUGAGGAUUCACAGGAGUCAGUAGACAGUGUGACCGACUCUCAGAAACGCAGGGAGAUUCUGUCACGACGCCCCUCCUACAGGAAAAUUCUGAAUGACCUUUCAUCCGACGCGCCGGCUGUCCCUCGUAUCGAGGAGGAAAGGGCUGAGGAGGAUGUAUCAACUAUGGCUUCCACCCAUGCCAUUACAACUGUUACUGUCCCCACACCCAUCUACCAGACCAGCAGCGGCCAAUACAUUGCCAUCACACAGGGCGGGGCCAUCCAGCUGGCUAAUAACGGUACAGAUGGAGUCCAGGGCAUUCAAACUCUGACCAUGACCAACGCAGCAGCGGCUGCCCAACCCGGGGCCACCAUCCUCCAGUAUGCACAGACCAGUGACGGCCAGCAGAUACUGGUUCCCAGUAACCAGGUGGUGGUCCAAGCUGCCUCUGGUGAUGUCCAGGCGUAUCAGAUCCGGGCUGCCCCCGCUAGCACCAUCGCCCCUGGGGUGGUCAUGGCCUCUUCACCCGCCCUGCCCACCGGGGGAGCCACUGAGGAGGUCACUCGCAAACGGGUGGUCCGCCUCAUGAAAAACAGAGAAGCAGCCCGUGAAUGUCGCAGGAAGAAGAAGGAGUAUGUAAAAUGUCUGGAGAACCGAGUGGCUGUCCUGGAGAACCAAAACAAGACGCUAAUUGAAGAACUCAAAGCCCUUAAAGACCUUUACUGCCAUAAAUCUGAGUAGGUCGUCGUCCUGAAAACACCAAACUGGGCCAAGUAGCAUUUCAGUUCCUUUCAAAUACUUUGACUGUUGGAUUCUGCCUGUCUGGCCUUCCAGUUUACACAUGGCUGGCUCUUACUGACCAAGUUGCCCUAAUUCAGUUCUGCUUGUAUUAUUAUUUCUUCAGUAGUCUGUCGGCAUAAUACAUUUAAAAUAGACAACAUUUUUGCAGCAAAAACAAACUGAGAAUGAACUGUCAUCCAGGUUGAACGAUGGAAUAGUCCAAAGUGCUAAAUCAAACUUAGUUACAUCAUUUACUGGGUAGUAAAUCAUCGGCUGCUGACAACAGUUAAGAUGCUGCUUCACACAGAUUUAUCAGUGAGGCUGCGUCUUAAUUGUCGUAGUUUGGCCAAUACCCACAUAACUUAUCUUAAGAUUGAACUCAUCACGGUCAUUGUGGAGAUGUUUCACUGUACAGCCCAUCCAAAAGUGCCUGUCAGUAGAGCAUCAUCCAAACUAGAACCUGACCGAUGCAGAUUUUUGGGGCUGAUGCCGACACCGAAAUUUGCACCACAUUUGAAGACAUUCCCUCAGGCUGAUCUUAAGAUAUCAUGUUAAAGAAAAACAUACUUUGUGAGGCCACUGUGACCUUGACCUUUGGCUACCAAAAUCAAGUGAACUAAUCCUUGAGUCCAAGUGAAUGUUUGUGCCAAAUGUCAACGGACUCCUUGAUGGCGUUCCAGAGAUAUCACCUUCACAAGGCAAAGAAAUGUGCUUUGUGAGGUCACUGUGACCUUGACCUGUGACCUUUGACCACCAAAAUCGAAUUAGUUCAUCCCGGAGUACAAGUGAAUAUUUGUACAAAAUUAGAGUAAAUUCUGCCAAUUUUUAUCAGCCAACCAAUAAAUCAGUCCUCUAAUCCUUGAGCAAUAAAUCUGCCUCGUCACCAAUACAGUCAAGUUCCACCUUUUGUUAAUCCCUGGCAUCUGUGUUCUGUAAAUUGUGCAGAUGUUGCACUGCAUAGUUCUGCAUUUUUAUUCACGUCAGGUAACCGGUAGUAAAGUGAUGUUUUAGGCUUUCUUAAAAACCAGCAUUUUCUUUGGGUUCUUAGCGAUACCCAAGCCACGUUGGAAGCCGAUUGGGUGACCAGUUGUCGAAAGACGUUUCUCCAUUAAUAGUUAAAUUAUAGUUUAAUUGUUGAAAAGAUAUUAAAGCUGAGAUUUCAUUGGCCUCAUGUGAGUCCAGUAGAGUAUUUGUGUCUUAUAUUGUAUGUAAGCAAUAACGGCCAAUACCUGCUUGAAGCAUCACCGUCGCUGCUAUGGUUACCUGCAGUUUGAUUUUACUCACACUAAGCUGUAGACAUGUUUUUUAGAUGUUGUGAUUUAUGAUUUUACAGAAACCUGCCAAAUAAUUAUAACUGAAUACACUUGUGAAUAUUCACAGUGCUUGUGCUCAGUUUUAAACAGAAUUCCAGCCACAACUACAAUAACAAGACGCAGCUUAUAAACAAAGUUAUAAAAGAUUAUUUGACUUUGAUAUAAGGACUGUUUGAUACAUCUAAAUUGUGAUUGUUGUGCUACAUGUCAGUGUGUUUAAAAAACAUAUUUAAGUCUCAGUUUGUAUAACAACUAUAACUCGUAUACCUGACCGCUCAGACAAGCUCAGUCAGUGGCAGUUAAAGGUUUUGAAUUAAUUGUCUCUACUUGAUCCACGUCCUGAUCUGAACCAGCCUCUCAACAAUGUGGCUGCUUGUAACUUGGACUCUACAGCUAAUUUGGCACAAACAAGUCAUUUUUUCAUCAUAACUUUUGAAGAUGCUAUCAACUGCCGAUGGUGAGAGAAGUGACUCACAGCAGGCAGUGGUGUGUGUUAGAAAAAGGGACGUUUUGAAAUGUGACAUCACAUUUUGAAUCUGUUAAUGGUUUUGUUUUGCUUGUCAACAACAGAUGGUUGACAGAGCUGCUAUUAAAAUGAGAUUAUUAGCAGGCUGAAGCACAGUUUUAAAAGAAAAAACAUUAUUGUUUUUACUACCUGGGAUCUUGUUUCGAUUGCUCACCAACGUUCCUGUCGGUCAUGGCAGUUUAAUCGUCCAGAAGGCCGGCAGCACAAGGUGCCAUUUUAUCUAAACAAAAUUAUUUAGGAAUGAAAGUAAAUUUGAAUGCUGUUUUAUUUCAAAUAUUUGUUGUUCCAGAAAUGCUUUGCAGAACUACUUCCGGGUUUACAUUGAUUGGCUGUACUUACUGCAUUUCUGCGCACAAUAAUUUUUAUAUAACAUGUAUUUUUAUUUAAUUUUAGUUAACAUUCUUGUUUGUUUGGUUUAAAUAACUGGGGGUUUGUUUAUUACUCACCCUCUGUGUCCCAUCACUUCAGCAGUUAACUUUUGAGUAAAGCAUUGUCUCUUUACAGAUGAGAUCGAUGUCUGUAAGAUUUGUUUGUCAAAGAUCCAGGUUGUACAAAAAACGCACAUUUCUUAGUAGUAACGUAAUUCCAACACCAGGGAAGUAGUUCUAUAAAAAUUUUCAGUCAAACAUCAUGUUGUUGUGUUGCAGUAAAUUGUCGGCGUGUUGUCGAAAAGGACCACCCCCAUCAAAGUUAUACUUUUUCCGUGUCGUCUGUUAAACGGUGGUAAAAUAUGGAUUGCAACAAGGAGCCAUAUUUUGAAUGUGGUGGACUUCUUUAUGAAAUAUAGGCUACAGGAGUUUAACACUAAUAAUCAAUCUGUUAAAAGGAGAUGGCUUUAGUGGGACUGUGUGUGGCUUUUGAGGAGAUGUGUGUACGUAUUUGUUUGUUUAUUUUUUAUAUUAAUGUAUAUAGUCUCUACAGCAUGUGUAGACCUCAUGUAUUUCUGUUUAUUUGAUAUGAAAAAAAAUGUUCCUAUGGCUUGUAUGAAACAACUUUGAAUAUUUGUAACAUAUGUCACUGUAUAAUAGAGGACAAUGUAUGUGUAUGUAUAUCCACCAGGCCUACCACCAUCAUGGCAGCUAAGUGUAUGAAAAAAAGGCCUUUGUUGGACUUGUUGAAUAUUUUGGAGUGUUGUACUGUUUCGGAUCAACAGUGUUUUGUUUGUAGAGUUUGUUGAGAGCACUUGGGGUCCACAACUUUUAUCAGCUAAAAUAUUGACAAUUUUCUUUGUUUGAAACCUGCACAGAGGAGCCCCAGUGGCUUCAAACUCAGCCACACGUUUGUUUUUAACUGAAAAUGUAUUUUUAUGUCCUGAGCAGAAACGGCUCCAUAAGUUUCCUUUUUUUAUAUCUGCUCAUUCAUGAUAUGAAAGCACAUGUUUUCUUUCCACUGGAUCCAUUCAUAUGUUUAUUUUUACUGUGCAUUAAUUUUACUACUUACAUGAGAUUCUGACAGUGGUUCCAGUGGUAAGAUGGAUGUCAGUUAACCAAUUCUCAACUCAGAUAGUUUUUGAUUUGAAACUAACCUGAAUCAAAGACAAACAAAGAUGUCUGAUGUUUUGAGGUGACAGAUGCCAUUUUGUUACGGAAAAUCUCAAAGUUUUCCUUUUUCCUCAUGGACUCGUAGAGUCUGGGUUAUACUUUUAACUUCUAUUCCUGAGCGACAUUAAAGUUGAUUCUUGACAUCGGAAACAAGUGGUUUGACCAAAUAAAUGUAACUCGAGGUUUAUUUUAUAGCUUUUUCUAGAGCUUUCAAGUGCAUCUCAGCAAUUGCAGUUCACUCACUUGUCAAUGCAUGAUAAUGAACGGCUGUGGCUUCAUAUGGGUGUGAGUCAUAAGCCCGGCCUCUAUUCAAAGAUGGUCAUCUGAAAGCUCCAGAAGUUAAUAAGUGGACCUUGAGAUAAUAUUAUUCUUAUUGUUUCAAAACCUGAAUUGUCAGCUAAAGGAAAUUAAAGGGCACUACUAGUGGCUCUCACAAUCAUUUUCUUUUUUUUUUAAUGUUUUUUUCUAUCUUUUAUCCUUUUUGUUAUUCAGAAAUCAUCAGUUCAUGGUAGCUCUUCUGGUUUUAUUUAUCUAUCAUUUGAAUCAUUUUGAUAUUGUACAGUAUGUACUUUAUGUAGGAUUAUGAGGAUUAAAGUGUUGGCUACAGAAAUCACACAGCACUUAAUACUAGGUGUAAUUGAUGAUCUAUUGACUCACAACACAUUAGCAUGUACUGUGGCUGUACUUGUCAUCCAUCAGUCUAUGUAGACUCAACAAUAUGCAGAGGUAAUCUUUUUUAAUGCAUUUCACUGCAUGAAAUUAAGUCUGACAAACAACACCCUGGGCCUCACUGAUUCUAAAACUUAUUUAAGUGGAGAGGAAGCAGCAAAUUUGAAACAUGUGCCAUUCCAAUACCUGAGUUACUGAGCUGAAAACUUUUUUAAAGUGUACUCUGAGAAAAAAAACAUAACUUUCCACCUGUAAUUCACACAUCAAGUGCUGGUGCUGAAACAAAAUCUACUAGUAAUUGUUUCUGUUGAUUUGAUAUAGUGAGCUCAACUUUGUGAUGUGAUGACACAAUAUCUUCAAUCAAAAACGAACAAUGUAUUCAUUUCUGUGCCAGAAUAGUUUAUACCCACGGGUCUAAGAUCUAUGUGCAUGAAAAAAGAUUGAAAUCAUUGUGUGUAAAGUAUAUAUAUAUUAUAUAUAUAGAGAGAGAAUUUCUAGAACGCUGAUAACAUUUUUCUAACUUUUAAUGUGACCUGUUUAUAUAUUGCCCCUUUUACAAGUUUAAAUUUAAAUUCCAUGUAUUGUAUAUUAUCUUGUAGAGACAAGAUAACUCGAUGAUGCAUUACAUCGUGUUUGUUUCAACAUUGUUACACGAUCAAACUGAACCAGACCAUUAAUUGAAAAUGCUGUUACUCUGACAUUACAUCACUCUUUUGUAAACACUUACUAUGUCGCAAUAAACUGCUCUUGAAGAUA